ACCUACAUCUGCCAACUUUUUUGAAAGGUCAUGCGGCCAAAAAAUUCCAGAUGAUUAUGUGAGUUACGAUGUUCUUGUCACGGUCAAAUUCAAGACAGACUCAUCAAAAGAGAACACUGGCUUCAGGGUGAGAUACAUGGCAGGAUACGAUUGGUCUUUCUACAACUACUACGAUUACUACGCUGACGACUCGGAACCUGACAACAAAUUAUACAUAAUCCUCCUAGCAACACUGGGAUCAGUGCUGGUUAUUGUCAUCGCAGUUGUCGUUUCAGUAAAAGUUUACAAGCAUAUGAAAGCAAAGAAGACCAUAAACCCCAGACCGCGUACUCGAUCUCACAGACGUCGUUUAUCUGUUGCUCAAGUUUAUCCAAAUGAUACACAUGGUAACAAUGACAACCGAUACCAUGACAACCACUUAGAUUACAAUCUUCCUCCUGCAUAUUCAGAGAUACACGCUCGCCCUAUGUCACCGCCUCCAAGGUACAGUAUGUUCGAGAUAAACACACCUCGUUGAAUUUCUGAAGAUGACGCCAUACAGAAGAAUCUAUGAGCAGACGAAAAUCCAUUUAUUAUUAACAUUUAUAAAUAUUCAACAUUUAGGGCAAUAUAAUGAAAUAGACUACAACACGAAGAGAAAUUUGCAUCAGUAGAGGGCAGUUGUCUGUUCCAUUCUUGGUAAAUUUAAUAUAUGAUUGUAAUAUGUUUCUUUAUUGAUAUUUGUACUAAAUGCUACAUGAAAAUAAGACGGAAUAAAACAAUAAACUUGUA